ACUUUAUAUGGACAUGUUUUUGCUGAGGAUUACUAUAUCCACCAUUGCUAUCAUCAUCGCUACUAAUUUUGAACUUUGCUUCUGUGGAUGUGCCCGUGCUGAAUAUGAAAUAAAAGGAGAAUGUUGCCCCAUGUGUGCCCCUGGGAACCAUGUUUAUUGGCAUUGUACUAUUGACACCAGUACAACAUGUGUUCCUUGUCCCGAAUCAACUUACACAGAUGAACCCAAUGGACUCACAAAAUGUUUUUCCUGCACUGUGUGUGAUACAGUCCAACACUUAAAAGUGAAAAAGGCCUGUACACGCUCUGCAGAUACAAUUUGUGAGCCUCAGGAAGGAUUCUAUUGCAUUAAACUAAAUAAAGACGCAUGUGCAUUAGCAGUGGAACACACUGAAUGUGAACCUGGACAAUAUAUCAAACAAACAGGAACAGCAUUUACUGAUACUGUAUGUGCAGGCUGCACAGAUGGAACUUAUUCAAAUGGCUCUCUGACAGCCUGCUUACCACAUACAAAGUGUGAUACUAAGGGACUUACUGAAAUAAAAGCAGGAACAUCGUCCUCUGAUGCUGAAUGUGAGAAAGCGAAUUCAGUUGGUCUCAUAGUUGGAGUCACUACAGUUCUUGUAGCUGUUGUGGCUGUGGCUAUUAUAUCAGCAUACAUCAUAUACAGAAAACAUAAAGCAAGGCGUUCUAAGAAAUCAGGUGAAUGUCGCACCCCACAAGAAGCAACUGAGGAUGAUGAAACAACGUUUCAGACUCCGCUGAACCUACUUUGAUAAACCAGUGUUAACAGGUAAGAGCCAACAGCUGAUCAAUUGGAUCUUUAUAUUAUAAUGUUUAGACUGCUCACAUUAAACUUGCUGUGUAGUUCUUCCUUUGAAAACGUGCUUUCUAGUAAAUGUCCCAGAAUAUCCAAAUGACAACCAUUUAUUUUUCAGUACUGAUUUUCCUUAAAAAAAUUCAGAAACUAAAGACAUUACUACUAUAGAGUGCAUUAAAUUGACUAGGGACAAUUAACUAUAAAUUAUUAUAUUAUAUAUAUUAUAUUAUAAUUAUUAAUGAAAUAUUGUUCAUGUUAUUAUUUUCAGACAUUGUUGUCUAGGCUAGUGAGGGGAGAAGCUUUUCUAAACUCUGAAUAAAUUGAAUCAUGUGCUUUGCGAAAUGAUUUGUUCUUUCAAUUCACUUGAAGCAGCACAUUCUGGUGGCACCUAUAGUGAAACCAACAUAAGGAGAACACCAGUGUGUAAUGACACCUUUAGCAAAUUGUUAAAGUUUUCAUAAAGUAUAAUCUAUCAAAUCAUUAAAUAUCUUAAAACAUUAAGUAUAUUUUUUUUGUGUUUUUUAUUUGUUUUUAGUGUUUGUGUUUUUUGAGAGGGCUUGCUAUCAGGCCAAUUUGAGAGAAGGCCUAUAUAACAUCAUCUAUUUUUCCAAAUAUGACUCUCAUUAAAACUGAGCCUAAAUUAUAAAGAUUACUGAUCAGUUAAAACCAUAUUUCUGCUUCAUUGGUCAACAAGAUCAACUACCUUUGUGAACCAUCAAAAUGUACAAAUCUAGCUUUUUCACUACUAGAACCUGUCAUUGCUUGAUCUGUGUUCACUUAAAUGAUACAGUACAGUAAAAUUAAAUGGCAUUGUGGGGGGAAAAAAUGUAUUACACAGGUCAAUUUUGUGUUAUUCAUGCAGGACAUACAGGACUUUUUACAGAUUAUGAGGAAAAAAUGGCUUAAGCACAUCAGUGGAUCAAAGGAUUAAUUAUGUUUUUCUUUCCACAGAAUCGCAACAUGUUUUCUUCUCCACUAAAAAACAGAAAAGUGUGUGCUGACAUCAGGGACCCUUAUAGUGUUAAAGUGUAUGUUGAUUUUAUGAAUACUGUUUUUAAAUUUAAAUAAUAAAACUUAAAAUGAUGACCUCA